UAUCCUACGUUAUUCAGCAGUUUGUGGCAAGAAGUCGAUAUGUAGAUUGCAGAUUGAAAUGUUAUCGAAGAAUAACUUAAAAUAUUCCUGUCAAGUGAUUUUUGUUAUCUUUUCUAGAUAAUUGUUUUUUCUAACGUUUACUUAAAGAUACUUGAAAUGGGUUGGACAUUAGAGGUAGCUAAGAUGUUUCUCUAUUUAUCGUUUCCUGUUGGAAUAUUUCACUAUGUCAAUCAGCCAGCCUACCUUGAUAAGUGGGUGAUAGAAGCAAAAAAGGAGUACUUCCCAGUCCAGAAUAAACAGAUGUAUGAGCAGAUGAACAACUUUAUUCACGACUUCAAUGCUAACGUUGAAAAGAAACGUUUGGAUGCUUUGGAGAAGCAGAUUAAAAACGAACAGUGAAGAAAAUAUAUUGUAAUGUUUCUAAUUGUGAUAGAAGUAGUAAAAUUUAUUUUUUU